GGAAGGGAAGAGGGGAGGAAAGGGGAGAAAGCAGGGUAGAGGAGUGGAGGGUAUGAGGGGAGGAAAGGGGAGAAAGCAGGGUAGAGGAGUGGAGGGGAAGAGGGGAGGAAAGGGGAGAAAGCAGGGUAGAGGAGUGGAGGGGAAGAGGGGAGGAAAGGGGAGAAAGCAGGGUAGAGGAGUGGAAGGGAAGAGGGGAGGAAAGGGGAGAAAGCAGGGUAGAGGAGUGGAGGGGAAGAGGGGAGGAAAGGGGAGAAAGCAGGGUAGAGGAGUGGAAGGGAAGAGGGGAGGAAAGGGGAGAAAGCAGGGUAGAGGAGUGGAGGGGAAGAGGGGAGGAAAGGGGAGAAAGCAGGGUAGAGGAGUGGAAGGGAAGAGGGGAGGAAAGGGGAGAAAGCAGGGUAGAGGAGUGGAUGGGAAGAGGGGAGGAAAGGGGAGAAAGCAGGGUAGAGGAGUGGAGGGGAAGAGGGGAGGAAAGGGGAGAAAGCAGGGUAGAGGAGUGGAGGGGAAGAGGGGAGGAAAGGGGAGAAAGCAGGGUAGAGGAGUGGAGGGGAAGAGGGGAGGAAAGGGGAGAAAGCAGGGUAGAGGAGUGGAGGGGAAGAGGGGAGGAAAGGGGAGAAAGCAGGGUAGAGGAGUGGAUGGGAAGAUGGGAGGAAAGGGGAGAAAGCAGGGUAGAGGAGUGGAAGGGAAGAGGGGAGGAAAGGGGAGAAAGCAGGGUAGAGGAGUGGAAGGGAAGAGGGGAGGAAAGGGGAGAAAGCAGGGUAUAGUGGUGGAGGGGAAGAGGGGAGGAAAGGGGAGAAAGCAGGGUAGAGGAGUGGAGGGGAAGAGGGGAGGAAAGGGGAGAAAGCAGGGUAGAGGAGUGGAGGGGAAGAUGGGAGGAAAGGGGAGAAAGCAGGGUAGAGGAGUGGAAGGGAAGAGGGGAGGAAAGGGGAGAAAGCAGGGUAGAGGAGUGGAAGGGAAGAGGGGAGGAAAGGGGAGAAAGCAGGGUAGAGGAGUGGAGGGGAAGAUGGGAGGAAAGGGGAGAAAGCAGGGUAGAGGAGUGGAAGGGAAGAGGGGAGGAAAGGGGAGAAAGCAGGGUAGAGGAGUGGAGGGGAAGAUGGGAGGAAAGGGGAGAAAGCAGGGUAGAGGAGUGGAAGGGAAGAGGGGAGGAAAGGGGAGAAAGCAGGGUAUAGUGGUGGAGGGGAAGAGGGGAGGGUAG